GAGCAGUAAUCUGCACAAAUGUAUGGUAAAUUGGUUUUAAAUAAUCAAAAUGAGAGAUAACCUCAUGGCAGUUACUGAUUUAUGGUAAAGUUUAGCAGAAAAUCUUAGUUUAAGGUAUUUAUUAAGCUACAUUUUUUGCAUCUAGCUGUUCACAAACUGGAUUACCAAAUCACUGUGCUUCUCUAGCACUUUAGUUUUCUUAAAAAAGACAAAACAUAUAUAUUCUAGCUGUUUAAAGUUUCAGAUUUACUCAAAUUGUAUGUUCUCUAUGAAUGUUUCUCACUUUUAACGUCAGUCACUUGAACUCUUCUCAGUAUGUUAAAGUGAUGCCCGCGGGUGGCCAGUGUUAUGAGCCUGGCACCUUCUUCCCCACCACCCCUCGACACGUGAUCCGGUUAGGGAUCAGCAAAAGACGAGAUCUGCUUCUUAGACCCGACUGGCUUGUGACAGGAGGACUUCUGUUUGGAGCUGUGGUCAUCCUCUGUGUAUGCAUCACAGUGCUGAUCUUGUUCCGUGAAUACGGGUGGCCAGAAAAAGAACCAGUCAAAAUUCGGUAUCGAGUGCUGCAACUCGCAUACCAAAUGGAUGACUACUCAUCAAAAGGAUCGAGGGUGAUCUCAUUCAGGAAAACUCACCGAAAGCAGCACGCUAACAUGACACAAGACUCUAUUCAGCCAGCAUGUACAGGAGCCCUGGAGGAGUUCUGGGAUUAUGAACACCAGGUGGAUCUGGAGGCCUUUAACAGCAACACUUUUUACUGCCUCCUACUCAAGCAGAGCCUUUCUGUCACCUCACGACUGGGCCAGCUCACCGCUGAGGUGAAGGAGCUCUAUCGCGGAGUUGUUGGGAAAUUGCAGCUUCUUCACCCACGUGUGAUGGCAGAGGAGAGGGUGGAGGAGCGCUGGGAGAGGAUGAGGAGAGAGGUGGAAAGAGAAGUGGUGCGAAGGAAGUCUUUGGGCUCACAGCUGAGGACUCUGCUCGACAGUCAGUUGCAGGUUCUGAUGAGAGAGCUGCAAGCCAAGAGGAGGGCUUACAGUGUGUUUAUGUCUCAGCUCAGAGAGUGCAGCCGACUUCUAUCCAAGAUUCACAACACCCACUCACCCACCUGUGAGCUGCACCAGAAAAUUUUGGUCCAAAAGCUCUCAGCCCUCAUAGCUGAAAUGGGAGAGCUGGCGUCGGCAGAGUGCCACCGCCAGGGGGCGUGGGGCUUGCUGGCUGAAGGCACUGGAGCCAGCUCCUGA